CCCUCAGUCGACAGCGCACCAGCCGUGCAUGCAUGCGUGACGUGCUGUGUUGCAUGCUCGACUGACACAUGACUGAGCUACCCGAGCGACUCGAGACUCUUGAUCUUGUGAUCGAUGCUGGUGAGCAGAAUUCUGCAAUCAUCAACUUUCGUUCGUGCAUAAGUUGGACAGUGUGAACAAGGAUUUGGGCUGCAAGAGAUACAAGUGUGGAUGGCCAGAGAGCAGAAUGCAACAGGUGACAGUCAUUGUUAUUGGUGCAGGGCAAAGGGGGAAGACCUACAGUAACUAUGCAUUGGACUAUCCAGAAAAACUAAAGGUUGUAGGGGUUGCGGAUCCCAACACAGUAGCAUGUAGGCAGCUGCAGAAGCUUCACAACGUUCCUGAAGACAGACUGUUUGAUGAUUGGACCAAAGUGUUAGCGCAAGACAAGUUUGCUGAUGCUGUCAUUAUCUCAACUCCUGACCAGCUUCAUAAGGAUCCGGCUGUAGCAUGUGCCAAUGCAGGAUACCACAUCUUGUUGGAGAAACCUAUGGCAACGACAGAGCAAGGAUGUCGUGAUAUAGUGGAGGCUUGUAAACGUAAUAACAUCAUUCUCUCGGUCUGCCAUGUUCUGCGUCAUUAUCCUCCCAUGCGUAAGAUUAAGGAAUUAAUUGACAGUGGUUUGGUGGGUGACAUAGUCAAUAUACAACACACUGAACAGGUUGGUUAUUGGCACUUUGCACAUGCCUUUGUACGUGGCAACUGGUGUCGGGAAGAUACCUCUACAUUCUCUCUACUUGCCAAAUGUUGCCAUGAUGUUGACCUUUUAUCAUGGUGGAUGAGCAAGUACAGAUGUACUGGGGUAUCAUCAUUUGGGUCACUCUUUCACUUUAGGAAGGAAAAUAAGCCACCUGGUUCAUCCUCAAGAUGUCUAGAUUGCAAGGUUGAGACGAAGUGCUGUUACUCAGCCAAGAAACUCUACAUAGACAUAUAUAAGAUGGGUAACUCUGAUUGGCCAGUUUCAGUCAUUUGUAACAAUCCUUCUAUUGAAUCCAUCACUGAGGCAUUACAACAUGGGCCAUAUGGACGAUGUGUGUAUGACUGUGACAAUGACGUGUGCGAUAAUCAGGUUGUUAGUAUGCGUUUCAGCGGAGGACGGACGGCAACACUUACAAUGGUGGCAUUUACAGAAAGCGUUGGUCAAAGAAUUGUCAGAGUCUUUGGGACAAAGGGUGAGAUUAACCUCAGUGCUGCUGGUGAUGUCCGACACUAUGACUUUCUGAGUCAGCAGACGGUGGAUGUGACUGUUGACUUCCCUGCAUCAUCAGCUAGGGUGCGGUCUAGCUCGCUAGGCCAUGAUUUGGCUGAUUUCUACCUAAUGGACAAUUUUGUUCAUGCACUAGCGAUGAAGGACCCAUCUAUUAUUCCAGCUUCAGCAGAGGACAUACUGACGAGUCACCUGCUAGUGUUUGAGGCAGAGAAGGCUCGGCGGCAAUCCAGAGUCAUUUCCUUUGAGGAGCAUUGACAAGAUCAUGUGAUGAGCAUUGACAGGAUCAUGUGAUGAGCAUUGACAGGAUCAUGUGAUGAGCAUUGACAGGAUCAUGUGAUGACCUAAGAACUCUUUAACAUGACACAGCCAUUUUACUGACAAGUAUUAAAGGAAAUUGGCAUUUACAUAAACAAGUAAAAGGCUCUGAAAUGCUAAUUGAAUUCAAACACAUAUUAAAAGUACCAAAUCUAACAACACAAUGACUGGUCCCCCACAGUACUGAACCAACAAAAUGUUGAGCUAUGAUUACCUUAGAUGCGGAGUAUGCGUAGUUCGGGUUUAGAAGUCAUAAUUUCAUUUGCAUUUUAAGUUACUUGUUCACUUAUAAAAAUAAGUGCAAAUGGAUUCUAUUUAAAAUUUAUCAAAGUUUGUAAAAAUGCCCAAUCCUAACCAACCGACGUUAAACAUGAUCCUACAGUAUGCUACUGGCCUGUGUCCCACACACCACUCGGCCUCCGGCCUCAUGGGUUGUUGGAUACAAACGCACUACGUUAUUCCAUGUUCCACUUGUGCUUGCAGGAUAACUAAUAACAUCAUGGUUCAAAUUAUGUAGGAUAUCUAUGGAUACCAUGAGAAUCAAUUUAAAACACCGGUAAUGGUAAAAUUUGGCUGUUUUCUACAGAAAUAAGCAUUUUUGUGUGAGUCCCAUAAACAUGGACAUUUAAAAAUGUGUGACCUUGUCGAAAAUGAAAUACUUGUACAUGUAUAUCAAGAUACCAAAUUGAGUUGUUGAAUGGGAGGUUUGCAGUAACACCAUAUGAAUGAAAGAUAUCUCUUAAUGAGUUGUGUGGUUCCGAGAAGAACCAGUUGAUUUAACUCGACGUUUCAAACAGGAUGCUCUGCUCGUAAAGUGAGUUACAUGUACAUGUACAUAUCAAAAUGCAUAGCCAAUGAUGUCCUUCCUACUACAUAGUGACCAAAUCUUUGAGUACAACAUUGCCUUCAAGACUCGUUUGUGGGAUCCAAUCACCAUUUAAAUGUACAUGUAAUUGCAAUUUGUCUCCCAGAGACGUGUUCCUGUGAUGUUUUUAUCUUUCCCAAGAUGACUGCCAAUGCGUCACUUUUGAACAGUUCUGCAAAAAUGUGUAUUUGUUAGGUGUUAUUCUUGCGAUUGUAUUUUAUGUAUGAUUAUUGUUAUAUAUUGAUGUCUGUUUUUUAGUAAUCUUAUUAGUACAUGUUUACAUGCUGCAAAUAAAGUAAUGAAACAAAAUUAAAUAUCUAUCUUGACAAUAUUUUGUACAUCGUAUUUCCAUUGAUUAAACGUUAUAUUUUGCAUAUAUUUCACAGGGAUGUGAUUUACCCUGUAUAAAAUAUCAGAAAUAAAAUAUAAAUAUAUGACAUUAAAUACGGUGGUGGAUAUGAUUUACCUUGUAUAAAAUAGGAGAAAAUAUGCGACAAAUAAAAUAUGCAUGAAUAAAAAAAAUUAAAUGUUUUGGAAUUAU